AACAUGAAGAACUGUAAAUACAAAUUUUAGUGAUCAUUGAAACAUAACAUUUUUAAUUCAUAAAAAUGAAUACGUUCCCUUUGAAUAUGAGUAGCCGACCAGCGAAUCCAAAGGGUGCGUUGAAUGGUGGUGCGUGGAAAACACUGUGCUCUAUGUUUUACCACAUGUUUGUAUUAACAUGUCAGAAUUGAAAACUACUAUCUCAGAAGAAAUUACUUUGUCUUCGAAAGGAUAUAAAUUACAAAAAUUUUUAGGCGAAGGCGCCUAUGCUAAGGUAUAUUUAGCAGAAUACACUUCAAAGGAUGAAAAACACAAGGCUAUACUUGCUUGCAAGAUCAUAGAAACUUCGAAAGCGCCAAGAGAUUUUGUUGUGAAGUUUUUGCCACGUGAGAUCGACGUGCUCAUUCGCUUGAGUCACCCACAUCUUAUAAAUGUGCAUAGUAUAUUUCAAAGAAAAACGAAGUAUUUUAUUUUUAUGAGAUUUUCUGAAAACGGCGAUUUGUUAGGUUACGUCUUGAAGAACGGCUGCGUUUCUGAGAAUCAGUCGAGAGUGUGGUUUCGACAACUUGCACUAGGUUUACAAUACCUCCACGAGUUGGAAAUAGCGCACCGUGACAUCAAAUGUGAGAACAUCCUAUUGACAGCCAACUACAACGUGAAACUUUCUGAUUUUGGUUUCUCACGAUUUUGUCUCGACGAUACCGACACCCUUGCUCUAAGUGAGACUUACUGCGGUUCGAUGUCAUAUGCAGCACCUGAAAUUCUGCGUGGUAAACCUUACAUGCCUAAACCGACAGACCUAUGGUCUUUGGGGGUGGUGUUAUUUGUGAUGCUAAAUAAGUGUAUGCCAUUUGACGACACGCAAAUGCGUAAAUUAUACGAGCAGCAGAUGGGAAAGAAAUACAGAUUCAGGUCUAGAGUAAGCAGUGCUGUCUCAAGCGAGUGUAAGUCUGUCGUGAAACAUCUAUUGGAGCCCGAUCCAGGACUACGCCACUCCGCCCAACAGCUUUGAAUGCAGUAGAAGCAUCGGCACUCAAACGAGCCAAAGAGGAACAUCGACGAAACUCC